AUGUACUCGCCCGCGCUCUCCGGCGCCGUCAAGCACCGGCACAACGCCACCUCACGCGAUCGCUUCGACCGCUCGCUGUCCCCCCGUCUCGCGGGAAACGGCCAGCAGCCGUUUGACGGAUCCACGCGCAGUCGACGGCGUCGCAGUUGGGUGGACCAUGAGGGCGGCGAGUCGCUUCCUCUAUUGGAUCGCCAUACCCGUCAGACGCCGUCGAGAAUGGAGACGGCUACCCGCAGCUUGAGAGGGCGUUGGCGUGUGCCUCACCACUUGCGCGACAUCACGAAUGCUCUCAUGUACGGCAUCAUCAACUCGAUCUUGACGAUCCCGUGUAUGUAUGGCUACGCGGCGAUCAUCUUUAGUCACCCGGACUUUGCAAACUUCAUGCCCGCGCUGUCUAAGCUCGUGAUGUUCUCGAGUGUCGUGCACCAAGUCAUGUUUACGCUCUUGAGCACGCUGCCGUUCGCAAUUGGCCAAGUGCAAGACGCAGGGCUGAUUUUCCUCAGUGCGAUUGCGACGUCCAUUUGCAACUCGCUCGGUCCAGACGUGUCGCUGGAAGCCAAGGUCACAACCACAGUCGUUACGAUUGGCUUGGCCACCGCCCUGCUCGGUGUGGUGCUUGUGCUGCUGGGGAAGUUCAAGCUUGCAGGGUUAGUGUCGUACCUGCCUAUGCCCGUCGUGGGCGGCUACCUCGCAUACAUUGGCCUGUUUUGCUUGUAUGCUGGCUUGUCAUUGUGUACCGGCCUGGUAAUUAAUGACUUCACCUCAUUCACGCAUAUCUGGGACCUGCACUACAUGGUACUCUGUGUCCCGGGCGUGGUGGGGGGCAUUGUCUUGUUGCUGGUGGCGCAGCGGUGCGAGAACUCAUUUGCACUGCCCGCGACGAUUCUAUUGAUGCCACUGCUGUUCUAUGUAGUGCUGGCGCUUUGCGGGAUCUCGCUGGAGGAAGCGCGCGACUACGGGUGGGUCGCCCCUGUGUCAGCCCCUGCUGGUUUCGUGCAAAUGUUUGAUCUAUUUGAUUUGCCGCAAAUGCACUGGAACCAAGUCCCUCGGCAAUUUACGACAUGGCUCGGCAUGACAUUUGUUGUGGCCUUCUCGUCGUGUCUGGAUGUGGCAGCUAUCGAGAUGGACAUGGGCAGUCAGCUGAACAUCAAUCAUGAGCUGAAAUCUGUCGGCUGGUCCAACUUCGUCAGCGGAUUGCUGGGCGGCUACACUGGCUCGUACAUUUUCUCGCAGACCAUCUUCACAUACCGCUCCAAGACGAACUCGCGAGUCGUGGGUGUCUGUGUCAUUAUUUCGGAGUUCGCCAUCGUGCUUGUACCGUUAUCGAUCAUGAGCCUCGUACCGCGGUUUUUCUUCGCAGCCGUGUUGAUCUUUAUCGCAGUCGACUUGAUGAUGGAGUGGCUUGUUCACGUGUACCACAAGAUCUUGCCUCGGGAGUACAUCGUUCUGUGGCUCUCCUUCAUCGCUAUCAACAUGGUCUCGCUCGAGCUCGGAAUGGUGCUUGGCAUUGGGUUCGCUAUCGUCAACUUCAUGAUCGGUUACGCGCAAGUGCGCGUCGUCGCUCGCAGAUCACGCUCCUCUGCUGCUGUGCGAAAACUUGCUGCUAGCACGCUGCUCGGUCAGAAGCGCGACGCCAUCGUGUACCUGGAGUUGUACGGAUACCUUUUCUUUGGCUCAUCGGUGCAGAUUCUUGAAGACGUGCAAAAAGCGGUGUACGUUCGCAAGCCCCGAAUCGACAAACAGCAAAAGUCGGGUAAGAAAGUGGGUGUGGAACUGCCGGUUGUCGAUGACUCGAGUAUUCCCCUUACACCUGUAUCCAAGCGAGAUGUCCCAAUCAUGCGUUUAGAUGGCAGCCCCGCCCCGCAUCCUGAUGGGCUACCGACCGAAUACGUUGUCAUGGACUUCAGCCGUGUUUCUGGUAUGGAUGCAACAGCGGCACGAAGUGCGUUUAUGUCGUUGCAGCAGGACUGCAAACGCAAUGGAAUUACUGUCAUGUUUGCGGAUGUGCUGCCCGAGAUCCGCAGCUUGCUUGUCCAAAACGAGAUCGCGGACGAAAAGAGCUUCUUUCCCAAUGCCGAUGCAGCUCUGGAGUUUAGUGAAAACCAGCUGCUGCUGCACACGGACCCUGUUCAAGACCUCGAUUACUCGCAUGCGUCUAUAAGUGCGCUGUUGCAUCGCUUUAUUGGCGAGUCGGACGAGUCGCCCCUUUUCGCUGGCAUCGAUCAGUUUUUCCGGAAGUACGAAGUGCCUGCCGGCUACGAGUUCUACCGUGUAGCAUCCUACCCGGACCGCUUCUACUUCCUCGCCAGCGGUCGCGUGGCGCUCUUUAUGAACGACGACGGUAGCGUGGCCCCUGGCAAGUCGUUGGUUCCAUUGGAGAAUGUAACGCCUGGUGCCAUGUUUGGCGAAGUCGACUUUUUUGGCCGUCAAUACCGAUACAUGGCUGCAACGGCGAUCGAGCCGUGCACUGUGUUUGAGAUGACCCGCCAGGGCUACGAGUCGAUGGAUGAGGUGGCGCCGAAGCUCCGGAACCGUCUGCGGGACGUGGUGAUGCAAUCGAUGGCGCUGUCGAUUACGAAUAACACCUCGAUCAACACUUUGAACAGUGUCGUUGGCCGUCCUCGGGGACGCGACAACUAA